AUGCUAAUAAUUGGCUUAAUCGGUUCAUUGUCAAGUGGUAAACACUUAAUUGCUGAUAUUCUUCAUAAACAAUAUGAUUUCGUUAUACUCGAGUACAAAGAUUUUAAGAAGAAGAAAGAUCAUGCAGCUGAAGAAUGUCUUUCAAAGGCGAAAGAAACAUGGCCAAAAAAUGUUGUAAUUGUGGGUAUCAAUUCAUUAAAAGCAAUGAUCGAAAUGCAUGAUAAUCCGCAAUUUUUUCCUAUUGCUAUAGAAGGACCAUUAAUAAUACGAUUUCAACGUCAAAAACAUGCAAUAAUUAAUUCCUUAGAAAAAUUUGUACAAUUAGAUGAUUAUUUAAUGUUUGGAAUAAAUUCUAAUGAACAAUGUAUUGAUAAGAUAUUAGAAAAUCUUCAAUUAGAUAGUAAAGACAUAUCACCAUUACACAAAUGUAUGGAUAUUUGUCAUUUACGAUUGAUUAAUGAUACAAAUGAUCGAAUGAAUUUGGAAAAGAAAUUAGCAGAUUUAUUAUCAAUCGAUUCAAAAGGUCAACAAUUAACAACAACAAAAUUAUUGUGUCCAAGUUGGGAUCAAUAUUUUUUAAUGUUGGCUUGGAUAACAGCAUCACAUGGUAAUUGUGUACGCCAUCGUGUUGGAUGCAUCAUUGCUGACACCGAUCUACGCAUCAUUGCUACAGGUUAUAAUGGUACACCGGGUAAUAUCAAAGCAUGUGAUCAAGGUGGUUGUAAACGUUGUUGGAAUAUGUCAAUUGAACAUGGUGAACGAUUGGAUGAAUGUAUUUGUAUACAUGCUGAAGAAAGUGCAUUAUUUGAAGCCGGUCGUCGCCUAUAUCAAAAUGCUACACUUUAUGUUACACAUAAUCCAUGUCGUCAAUGUUCAAAGAAAAUUACUCAAAAUGGUAUAAAACGUGUUGUUUAUACGAAAGAAUAUCCUUCGAGUUUGGAAGAUGUUCGUCAAUUGUUUGAACAAGCAAAUAUUGAUUUUGAUAAACAAAACAUAGAAUCAAUACCAUUAUUAAGACUAAGUCAAUAA